AUUGCCCGAACUCAGAGCCACCGGUUCAGUCUCACCGUCUCUUCGGGUCUCUGGGUGAGCUGCCAGUGCAGUUGAAGACUUGUCCGAAGCGAAGAGAAGUCAAUCCGGGAGACCACACGCCCCUGCGCCGCGCCUGUCGACUUCUCGAAUCUCGCCCAAAAAAACACAGAAGACAUGGACCAAUUCGGGAAUGCCUCGCCCACGAGCGUUCCUACGCCUCAGAGCCCGCCGGCGCCAAUGGCCUUGUCCGAGUUCAUGGCCCAGACAGCUCCGUUCUCGGAUACCACGAACGCCUCCGAUACAUCACCGUUGCCCCCUGGCGUUUCGAAACCCGAGGGGGCGGAAGAGCUGAGCCGUGCUUCCGAACAAGACAAACCUGAAAGCCAGACGACUCCGGAGGAACAGCAACAGCCUCCCGCGCUGCAGGCGCCGUCUUGCAGCCCAGACAGCAGCCCACCGCCAAUUGACUGGCUAGCUACGCGACAGCAGCUCCUCCCCCGAAGGAACCAGGGCAAGAAGGCCGAUUGGAUUCGCGGAUGGAGCCAAGCCGUCAGCAUGCACGGCGAAGAAACCUACUGCGCCUGCUCUGAGACUGUCGAGAGCAGCCGAGGCCGGAAGGGGAAAACCAGCGACCUUGCAGGCAACGUGCGGGCCAUGCUCCAGAGAGCGGGGAGUCCGUCGAACAACAAGCCAGCCACGCCAUUCGAGCCGGGACUCUGCCGCAACUGCAGCCGACCAGCCUCGCCCCCCCCGAGCACAGGGACCAGCCUGGCGGGGGAGAAGUACGGCCUGGCCGGGGGUCGGCGCUUCAGCAAGCGAGUGAGCGAGCUCUUGAUGCGCGUGCGGUCGCCGCGGCCGGCUACUUGGCGGAGCAAGUCCGAGCAUCACAAGCGGGGAGACUCGGGGGGCGCCAGCGCGAAGAUGGCCUGGCUCCCCGAUCCAGAGUGCCAGCCACGAUGGGCUACGACGGGCCACGGGCAGAAGCGCUUCCUGGUCCGGCCGCCGAGCCAGCCGGUCCCCGCGCCGGCUUCGGCGCCGGCGCACAAGGCGCGGAGCAUGGAUAUCUUCCCGGGCCAUGCCAGGCGCAGAAGCAAUCUCUAUGCCCCGUCGUCCGAGACCAGCGACUCGGACGCACCGCGGCCGGGGCUGUCGCGGAGUAUGUCGCGCUUACAGAGGGCGGCGGCGCUGCUGCAGAGGGCGACGAGCCGGCCGAAGGACUAGGGAGCUGCGCUGGUGAAGUCGGUCAGGAAGUUGCUCGGAGCUCCGGCUCGCUCCCCAGGCCGUGGUCCGAGUCCGCCCCGGCGGGGGUUAUGUUGACCUACUGGGGAGUGGAAG